AUGCUCCUGGCCAUCUCUCCAGCCGACGCUGGGCUCCUGCUGGGAAUACUGAAGCCCAUCCUCACAGUGCUGAGCCUGGGUAUGAUUGGCAGGAUAAUCCUGGCGUGGUAUCCCGAGAUAGACAUGCAGAAGCUUCCUUGGUCGUUUGUGUACUGGCCAACAGAACCGGUGCUGGCGCCCACGAGGAAGAUCAUCAAACCAUUCAAUGGUCUGGAUGUGUCCCCCAUCGCCUGGUUUGCGAUCCUGUCGUUCCUGAAUGAGAUCCUGGCUGGUCCCCAGGGCAUCUUGAACCUCAUCCAGCGGCAAGGUGUGUAUUAA